AUGACAACAGGCAAGUCUUUCGGCCAGGGACAAAUCUUUGAUUUACUUGCCAGGGGAAAAGAAGCGCAACGCGGACCGGCGUAUCACCAAAGAUUACUUCCCGCUCAUACACAACUAAAAUUCCGGAAGCCGGGACAAGGAGGGGAUGCAGCCGCUGAAGUCAGAGACCUUCGAGCAGAAUUACUACAAGCAGAAGCAGCGCAUUUUGCCAAAAGGAAAGGAGGAUUAACAGCUGCCAUCGAAGAUGCACAGCCGUCUACAAAUACACCAAAGAGACAACUCGAGGACGGGUCAGCUGAGGAUGAUGGAGAAGAUCCAGAAGCAAAGCGACGACGCAUUCUGGAAGAAACUCGAGAUAUAGAUGCCGAUUCGGACGGUACUGGGGAAAGUGAUAGUAGUGAUGAUGACAGUGAUGAUGAUGAAGAUGAAACGGCGGAGCUUCAACGAGAACUCGAAAAGAUUAAGCGCGAGCGUGCCGAGAAAAGAGAACAAGAGGAACGAGAAAGACUAGCGGUAGAAGAAGCGGAGCGUGAGCAUGAUAUUGCUCUUGGCAAUCCACUGUUAAAUGCUAAAACCGAUUUCAAUGUCAAAAGACGAUGGGACGAUGAUGUUAUAUUCAAGAACCAAGCUCGUGGAACAGAAGAUAAAGGCAAGAAAGAAUUUGUCAACGACCUGCUACGUUCCGAUUUCCACAAAAAAUUUAUGAGCAAAUACGUGAGAUGA